GUCAACUCCACACGUGAAGCCUUCCUCGCUCUCUCUUCCUCACCCUUUCGCCCGCAAUGCUUCUCGUCCUCGACUGGGAUGAGACUCUCACAUCGCACGACACGCUUUCUCUCAUCCCUGAGCAGCACAAUGGCGGCUUGAAGCCCUAUGUUCAGCCCUAUCUAGAUGACUUGGCAGAGCAUACCUCGACGCACCCGCUGGGAAAGGACGAGGACCGCACCUCGCUCGAGCAGCAGCUCGACUGGCUUGCAUCGCUCUCUGAUGUAGAGGGUAAAAGUGUACAGAGGGUGACAGAGGGGGGCGCUUUUAUUGGCUGGGAUCACACCAAGCUCGACGAUAGACUAGACCAGAUCUCAUUUCACCCAGGCGUGCAGACCGACCUCUCUUCCUGGCUGGAGCAGCGACGCGGUAUCACAACAAACGUCCUCUCCGUCUCAUGGUCAAAGGCAUUCAUCCAAGCCGGCCUACGGCGAGCCAAAUUGCCCACUUCAGCCGUUUACGCCAACGAUGUUGAAGUGGACUCCGAGACGGGCAAGGGAACGGGCAAGGUCAUACGCAAGAUCGCGACAGGAACGGACAAGCUGCGCGAGAUGGGCAAGAUGGUUGACGAGGCAGGCAAAGCGACGAUGAUCGUCUAUGCAGGGGACAGCAACACCGAUCUACCCUGCCUUCUCGCAGCGAGCGUCGGCAUCGUUGUUGCGCCAAACGAAGGAAGCGGUGUGAUCAAGACGAUUCAGCGAUUGGGAUACGGGGAGUCUCUGGCUAAUGGGUGCGAGGAUUUCGAGGCAAGAUUGCGGACAAGGGCGCCCUUGGCGACCAAACCCAGCGACACCGAUCGCCAAGCCCUCCUGGCCAAGAGCCGCAGUGACGUCUGGCUUGUGCGAGUAAAGGACUGGGUGGAGGGCACACGCGUCCUCGAGGCCGUAGAGCGCGUCGAGCUAGAUCAAGCAGCGAUGGAGCGAUCAGCGGGUGUAGCACUUGCAUAAUCUACCGCAAUCACUGGCGCCCCUGUUACAUCUUGAGAGUGAAUUGAGCGAUUAGAAGGUCUCCUCCUCGUUGACUGGCGCCUCUGCUCCCUCGGGCAGCUCGAAGCCCUCUUCCGUGCUGUAUAGGAUCGCCUGCAUCUGCUUCAGCAACGCCUCCUCCGUGAGCGCAUCCUCUGGGAGGGGCUCGCCCGACUCGUGAGCCGUGAGACGCUCCGUAAUGAGGACUUCGAUGUCGCGCAGCUUUGAGAAAUAGAAGUCCCUCUC